AUGGCUGCCGACAUGUCAGGCGAACAGAUGCAGGCUAAGAUCACUGCGGCUAGGCGCGAGGCUGAGGGUUUGAAGGACAAGAUUAAGCGUCGAAAGGAUGAGCUUGCCGACAGUUCCCUUCGCCAAGUUGCGCAAGGUCAAACUGACGCCCUACCCCGAAUUGGCAUGAAGCCCCGUCGUACGUUGAAGGGCCAUCUUGCUAAGAUCUACGCCAUGCACUGGUCAACCGAUCGCCGUCAUCUCGUUUCCGCUUCACAGGAUGGAAAGCUCAUUAUCUGGGAUGCCUACACUACCAACAAAGUUCACGCCAUUCCUCUCCGGUCGUCCUGGGUCAUGACCUGUGCCUAUGCGCCUAGCGGUAACUACGUCGCCUGCGGUGGUCUAGACAACAUCUGUUCCAUCUACAACUUGUCAUCCCGUGAAGGUCCCACCCGUGUUGCGCGCGAGCUCUCCGGCCACUCGGGCUACCUCUCUUGCUGUCGUUUCAUCAAUGACCGCCGUAUCAUCACCUCCUCCGGUGAUAUGACCUGUAUGCUCUGGGAUAUUGAAUCUGGUUCCAAGGUGACCGAGUUUGCCGACCACCUCGGCGAUGUCAUGUCUAUCAGCAUCAACCCUACCAACCAGAAUAUCUUUGUGUCUGGUGCCUGUGACGCCUUCGCCAAGCUGUGGGAUAUCCGUACCGGCAGGGCUGUCCAAACUUUCGCUGGUCACGAGUCUGAUAUCAAUGCCAUUCAAUUCUUCCCUGAUGGCAACGCCUUCGGAACUGGUUCUGACGACACCUCCUGUCGUCUCUUCGAUAUCCGUGCUGACCGUGAGCUCAACAUUUACCAGAGCGACCAAGUUCUGUGCGGAAUCACCUCAGUGGCAUUCUCCGUUUCCGGCCGUCUAUUGUUCGCCGGUUAUGACGACUUCGAGUGCAAGGUGUGGGAUGUUCUGCGUGGUGAUAAGGUUGGCUCACUCAGUGGCCAUGAGAACCGUGUUAGCUGUCUUGGAGUCAGCAACGAUGGUAUCAAUGUCGGCACUUGCUAA